GAAAAUUUUGUUUAGUAGGAGAAAAGAAAGAUUUGAGUGGAUACAGAAAAGUGUAGUCUUUAAAAGAAGGCGGCUGCAUACAGUUAGCAAUUGGGUGGGAUUGGGUCAUUGGGAUGUGUAAGAAUAAAAUCCAUGAAGAAAGGGAGGUAGAAGUUAGCAGAGCAAUGAUAUAAAUAGACUUUGUGAGGAGUAAUAGAAAACACAGAGAGAGAGUGGGUACCCAGAUUUUGUGAAGAUUCAGUAGGACCUGAGCUGUGAAACAAGUUAAUGAAAAGGUGGGUUUUCCUCAUUUUCUUCUGUUUUUUCUACUGGGUACCCAGAUUUUGUGAAGAAUCAGUAGGACCUGAGCUGUUGAAGCAUGGUAAUGAAAAGGUGUUGGGGUUCCAAGCGAUAGCAAUAAUUUCACAUCAGAUGUGAGUAGCAUGAUUUGAAAGUUUGUAAGGACUUGGAAACCAUAUCUUUAAUGGCUACCUUUUAAGGAGGAAUUCUACCCAAAUCUCAACAAGUGGAAUCGGAGUCAGAGCCCCCAUUGGAAUCUGAAUAUGUCGGUGAACAUAGACACUACAACAGCUACAGUACUUGGGAUCCGCCAGAAAGAUCAACUUAAUCUCCGGUCAAUUAUGGCCGUCCUGCUACAGAAGAAGAAACAUGAUACUGGAAUAAAUUGGAGGCCUCUGUUUCUAUACUUAUUCAUGACUGUAUUUGGUUGCAUAGGAGGUCCAUUCUUAAUGAGACUCUACUUCAUGCAUGGUGGCAAGCGUAAGUGGCUCUCAAGCUGGUUGCAGAAUGUGGGUUUCCCUUUCUUUCUUGGCCCUCUCUUGUUCCUUUACUUCAAGCAACAAACAGAGUCCACCCCAGCAUCAUUCUUCAUGGACUCUAAGCUCUUUGCUUCAAGUGCAGGUUUAGGGGUCAUAGUGGGUCUUGACAGUUAUUUUUACUCAGUAGGUUUGUUUUAUAUUCCAGUCUCCACCUCUGGGAUUCUGACCUCAACCCAGUUAUCCUUCACUGCUUUGUUUGCAUUCCUCAUAGUAAAGCAGAAGUUAACCUUCUACUCUAUAAACUCAGUUAUACUGAUGACCUUGGGAGCCAUUGUGUUGGCAUUCCAUAGUAGUGGUGAUCGACCUCCUGGGGUCAGUAACAGUGAGUACUUCCUUGGGUUCUUCUUUACAUUAGCUGGAGCUGUGUUGCUUGGGUUAUCUUUUCCACUUGUUGAGCUUGCAUAUAGUAAGAGCUCAAAACCCAUUACUUUAGCGGUGGUCUUACAGUUUCAGUUCAUAGCAAGUCUUUCUGCAACUAUAUUCUGCACUAUCGGGAUGGUCAUCAACAAUGAUUUUGAUGUUAUCCCGAGAGAGGCCAAAGAGUAUGCGAUUGGUGAGGUCAAGUAUUAUAUUGUGUUGGUCACCAGUGCCAUUGCUUGGCAGUUCCUUUUCACUGGGAUGCUUGGAGUAGUCUAUUACACCUCUUCUCUCUUCUUUGGAAUUUUCUCCUCGGGUCUCCUUCCAUUUGUACAGAUUGGAGCUGUCAUAGCCUUUCAUGACAAGUUUACUAGUGAGAAAGGCCUUUCUUUAGGGUUGUGCCUUUGGAGCUUUGUCUCUUAUUUCAUAGGAGAAUACAGAAGUGCACAGAAGAAGUUAACCAUAGUUCAGGAAGAGGAAGAAAUUGUAUGAUUUUGCCCUAUCAUAAAGUGUUAGUGAAGCCCCCUUUUGUGCCUCCCCUUUCU